UACACACGCUGCAGGGCUGAUAACUGGGCUGGUUAGUGCUGCUGCUGCAGACUGCACUGAUUUCUGUGGUGCCAGGAGCUGAUAUUAAUGUGACAGAUACAACAUGGGGUACUUGUGAGGCCUCUCUUUGUCCGGCAGCUGCAAACAGACCAUUUGGGGCCGGAGUUUAAAGCACAGUCUGUUGCUGAACUGUAACUCCCAGAAUGGUGGAGCUGGAGGGCCACAAGCUAGUGACCCAAGGACUAGGGCUGAGUAUCUCUCCAGGCUACUUACCCCAGACACUCAGCUGCUGGAGGUUCCCUCACUCACUCCCCCAAGUGUUCCCACUCUCCCUAAACACAGCCGCCUCCCCUCCCCCGUCUCCUGAUUGCCAAAUAGCCGUGCACAUGCAAUGGUGACCUUGAGUCCUGCUUAUUUGCCCUCAGAUGGGGGGACGCAGGCAGCCAGUGCAGCCCCCUCAGUGGAGGAGAAUUGGGUGGUGCAGCCCUCCCUCACCCUGCUGGUCCUCCUGCUGGUGCCGUGUGUUCUGCUCCUCUUCUUCCUCAAUUGUUUCCUCCUCUUCCACCGGCUCCCGGCUUUCUCCCUGAGGAAAAGGGCAAGUAGGAGAAAGGUCGGCCAGUACCCUUGUGUCAGGGUGGGUCACAGUGGGCAAGCCAGGCUGGAGCCUCCCUACAUGCUCUCCCCCGGGGUGGUGCUGCGGGAGGGCCGCCUGGGCUCUGACACCAUCAGUCAAGGCUUUGAGGCCACAUUGGCCCUGGAGGAGGGGGUUUGUGGGCGACAAAAUACACCCCAAUCCAGAGGAAGUUGCUGUCAGGGGGGGAGCAUCCCCAGUGACCAGAUCUGUUGCUCCCCACGUCCACGUUGUGCCACCCCCCUGCCCUGCUGUGCCCCAAGGAGAGCCUGGAAUGCCCCGGCCUAUGUCAAGAAGAGACUGAGGCCCAAGGUCUGGAAAGUGAGGGAAGAUGAACUGGGGUCUUCGUGUGAGCUGGACACCCGCCAUAACCACGUCCCCCCCAAUACACCUGCCGCUGAUAAUGCCCUUGGGGUGACCCCAAAAGUAAAGUUCUGCCAUACGAGCAGCACCCAGAGGAAGUCCCACGUUGGGAUGGUUCCCUUCACUCUAGGUGGAUCUGAGCUUUUGGAGGAUCCCAGUGUGAUUCCCAGGGAAGACACAGCCGAGCAUCUGGACGCCAGUAGCAGCCUCCCUGGACCGGGCUUAGACAGCGACUUUGGGGUCAGUGCAGGAAUCUCCCUUCACAUCUUGUCCUCCGACAGUGACUCUGGUUCCCAGUCCUGGACCUCUGGAAUGGAAUGGGAUUAUUAUGACCCAUGUUACAUGCGGCGGAACCGACUGAGGAGAGACGCGCGACACAACCGUCACUUGCCCAUGAUGUGCAGCAAACAGUACUGGAUCUGACCCCCAAUGGUUUCUAUUACCCCCAAUGGUUUCUAUUACCCCCAAUGGUUUCUAUUACCCCCAAUGGUUUCUAUUACCCCCAAUGGUUUCUAUUACCCCCAAUGGUUUCUAUUACCCCCAAUGGUUUCUAUUACCCCCAAUGGUUUCUAUUAUCCCUACUGCUUAAGCACUUACUCCACUCUAACCCAAGCACUGCCGACAUAUUAAGUCUCACCCAAAAUUAGAGAAGGUCCCUACUCCUAUCCUCCGCCAUGUUGGCCAAUGUGCACGUGCGCCCGUAUGCCAGGCACCCCCCUCACUCUAUUAUUGCACAUGGGACCUGAACUUACAUUCAAUGGCGCCAUUACCCCUACAUUACCCCUUCCCCAUGUGUAUAAACACCCUAACUCUAUAUAUUCUGUACAGCCAUUAGUAGCAUGUACUCACCUGCUAGAACCCAAUCUUCCCACUCCCCCCAAUGUGCACUAACCCCCAAAUUCCAUGUAUCCUUUAUAAUGGGCACCAGCACUGUACUCCCCACACACUGCACUUCAGCAGAUACCCUACACCUUCCUGUCCAGUGCCCCCCAUAUAUACCCCACUGUAUAACACACACAAUUGUCUGCAGCACUGUAACUCCCAAUGACGCCCAACUUUGCUACUAAUAUAAAUGAACUUUCCUUUACUACUCCCUAUUUCCCAAUGGCUGCCACUCCCCACAGAUAUUCCACAAUCCCUUCCUACAGUCAUACACCCAUUUAUAAGGCAGUAUUCCCACCCUCCCCUUUUCCCCACUAAAAAGAAAUCAAUUAUUGGGGUAAUUUAAAAAAAAAUAUUUUUUAAAAUUAUUUUGGGUCAAAAAAUAUUUAUUUAUCAGUUUUUAUGGAUAAUGUAAGUAAAAAGGCAUCUGAUGGGUAAUUUAAGUGAACCCCAGAUAAGAUGGGGGGCUAAUUCUGGAAUUAAGCUCUGAUAUUGUUCUUUAUAUAAUAUUGACUAAUAACUGUAUGUCUGGUUUGUCCUUUUAAAUGGGACCCAUAUAUCUGCCAGGCUGUUUGGAUCAGCCCUUUAUCUCCAAUCUCUCAGCCACCACUGGGGGGCACUAUUUCACUGACGGCUGUUUAGAGGCCUCUGAUGAGGGGCACAAUAUGGCAGCAGGUACAUGUAUAUAUUUAUGUAUUUUAGGAGAUCUGGCAGGUGCUAUAUAUUGAGUAGCAUGUUUCCCAGAUCCAUUAUCUUUUAUAUGUGUUCUGUAUUUGUGAUUGGAAAGAUUCUGUAUGUGAGCAAAUGAUUUGGGAUUAUAGUUUCUGUGAUACAGUCCAGAGACUUGCUGGCGCUAAAAACCAGUUUUUCCAGUUUAAUCUCUCGGUUUGGCUGUAUGUGCGAUUCUAGUUGGAACUGGACCCAAAAAUGUAAAAGAAAAUGCCAUUUUUGUCUCAAUAGUUUGAAUGGAAAGAGGCACCUGCCUGCUGAAAUGACUGUAUUUUAAUCCAAUGGUUAUAAUAUUUAUAUAUUUUAUUUAUUAAAGAUUCACUCUAUUUUACAGAU